GUACAACUCUCUUCCUACUCUCUCAUCAUAUUCCUUCCAUCGCCUCGCUGUUCCUCCACACCCUUCCAGCCCACCCCCUCCCCCACCUUUUCCCUUAUUUUGACCACCAUUAUUCCCCUCAUUCUCACCUCCUUCGGGGUCACCAAGCUAUGGACUCGACUGGCGUGGUGAUCCCAUCCUCCUCCGAACCCUCGAUGACGACAAUGGCAUUUACCAAUGGCUAUUCGGCCUCUCCUACCUCCGAGCCCGCUAGCAUUAAGGAUCAACUAGCCUCCAGUGACAGCGAGAGCGAAUCCGCCGCUUCACCGGUGCACCAUGUCGCUCGCGACUCCUCACCCGAAGCGGAUGCUGCGGACGAGUCAUACCAUACCGGUUUCUUCGAUGCCGAGGGUGACGACGAUGACUUUCCGAUGGAGAACAGCUUGAAUGGCAGCAGCCACUCCAGCGCUGAAGAUUCAUCACCCGAUGCCAAACGCGGCUCGAAACGGAAGUCACCGUCGGUUAAUGAAUCGGACUACAUGAGACAGAACCCCGAUCUGUAUGGGUUACGGCGAAGCGGACGAGCACGCACGACGCGUCAGUUGGCCGAGUCGCCUUCUGACUCCGAGUCAGAUGCAGUGGCACCUCGCUCCAAGCGUCGGCGCCCCGUGGCCUCGCAGCCGUCGUCAAAGCGCCCCUCGCGUUCCGCUACUCAGUCGCCCUACUCAGAAGAGUCAGAUAGCGAUGAGUAUGGGGGAAGCCGCGCUCGCACAAGUAAAGCGAAGCGUCGGCGACUUCUUCAAGCCUCUGCGAACCAACCUUCUCACGCCGAAGUCCGCUUUUCCACCAGAAAUGCUUCUAAGGUCUCCAACUACAACGAGGAUGAUGAUGACUCCAUGUUCGAGGAUGAUCCCGAGGACCUCACACAAAAUUACUGGGUCAACACCGUGGAGGAUGAUCGCCCGGCGAUUGAUGUCGUGCUCAAUCAUCGCCUCAAGGAAGGUGUCGAACUGACUGAUCCCAACCUUGGGCGCCAUGAUUUCGAGUACUACAUUAAAUGGCAAGACAAGUCCCACUAUCAUGCUACGUGGGAAACUACCGAUUCUCUCGCAAAUUGCCGGAGUGUGCGCCGGCUUGACAACUACAUUCGCAGAGCUGUUUACGAAGAUAUUCGGCUGAACCAGGAAGAAGGCGUGCCCCCCGAGGACAGAGAAAAGUGGAAUCUUGAUCGAGAAAGAGACGUAGACGCUAUUGAGGACUACAAACAAGUUGAGAGAGUGAUCGGUAUGCGAGACGGGGACGAAGAAACCGAGUACUUCGUGAAGUGGAAGCGCCUAUUGUACGACUCGUGUACAUGGGAGGCCGAAGACCUCGUCAGUAAGAUCGCUCAACGCGAAAUAGACCGUUUUCUAGAUCGCUCCUCCCGUCCUCCCGUCUCGGACAAGACAGAAUCAAACCCUGCCACACGGAAGUCCUUUGAGACCAUCAAGGGCACGCCUAGUUUCUUACAGAAUGGGGAGUUGAAAGAGUUCCAGGUAAAGGGAGUCAACUUCAUGGCUUUCAACUGGGUGAAGAACCGCAACGUUGUCCUUGCCGACGAGAUGGGUCUGGGUAAAACUGUGCAGACCGUCGCGUUCAUCAAUUGGCUUCGCCACGUUCGGCGUCAGCAGGGCCCUUUCGUCGUUGUCGUUCCCCUGUCCACUAUGCCCUCAUGGGCGGAGACGUUUGAUAAUUGGACUCCCGACUUGAACUACGUUGUCUAUAACGGCAACGAAGCUGCUCGCGCCGUUCUUCGAGAGCAUGAGCUUAUGGUGGAUGAUAAUCCCAAGCGGCCGAAGUUCAACGUUCUCCUCACGACGUAUGAAUAUGUACUGCAAGAUUCGGCUUUCCUCAGCCAGUUCAAGUGGCAGUUCAUGGCUGUCGACGAGGCCCAUCGUCUCAAGAACCGGGAGUCUCAGUUAUACCAGAAAUUGCUAGAAUUCAGGGCCCCUUCUCGCCUUCUUAUCACGGGAACCCCCAUUCAGAACAACCUUGCUGAACUAUCUGCUCUGCUGGAUUUCUUGAACCCUGGCCUUGUAGAGAUCGACGUGGACAUGGACUUGAACGCCGAGGCGGCUUCCGAGAAGCUCGCAGAAUUGACGAAGGCCAUUCAACCUUUCAUGUUGCGUCGCACGAAAUCUAAAGUGGAAUCAGACCUGCCUCCUAAGACUGAAAAGAUUAUCCGAGUGGAACUCUCGGAUAUACAGCUGGAAUACUACAAGAACAUUUUGACCAAAAAUUAUGCUGCCUUGAACGAGGGCGCCAAGGGGCAAAAGCAAUCUUUGCUGAACAUCAUGAUGGAACUCAAGAAAGCAAGUAACCAUCCGUUCAUGUUCCCCAAUGCCGAGGCAAGGAUCUUGGAAGGUAGCACACGACGAGAGGAUUUAUUGCGAGCUAUGAUCACGAGUAGCGGAAAAAUGAUGCUUCUUGACCAGCUUCUUGCGAAGCUCAAACGAGACGGCCACCGAGUUCUGAUCUUCAGCCAAAUGGUGAAAAUGCUCGAUCUACUUGGUGAAUACAUGGACUACCGGGGCUAUACCUACCAACGUCUUGAUGGAACAAUUGCCGCGUCAUCUCGUCGUCUCGCCAUCGAACAUUACAACGCCCCUGGAAGUAGCGAUUUUGCCUUCAUUCUCUCCACUAGGGCCGGUGGUCUUGGAAUCAACCUUAUGACCGCGGAUACUGUGGUCUUGUUCGACUCGGACUGGAAUCCCCAAGCCGAUCUUCAGGCUAUGGCUCGAGCACAUCGGAUCGGUCAAACUCGACCCGUCAGCGUGUAUCGUUUGGUUUCCAAGGAUACCGUGGAAGAGGAGGUGAUUGAGCGUGCCCGGAACAAACUACUUCUUGAGUUCAUCACCAUUCAGCGUGGUGUCACCGACAAGGAAGCUACUGAAAUCCAGAACAAGAUGGCCCGUUCUAUGGGUGAACCCAAUUCGACAGAUGACAUCUCUCGCAUCCUCAAGCGUCGUGGACAAAGAAUGUUUGAGCAAACGGGUAAUCAAGAAAAGCUCGAGCAGCUCGACAUUGACUCGGUUCUUGCAAACGCCGAAUUGCACCAGACUGAACAAGCCGAGGAAAUCCAAGCAGAUGGAGGUGAAGAGUUCCUCAAAGCUUUUGAUUAUGUUGAUAUCAAAGUGGAUGAUCUCACGUGGGAUGAUAUCAUUCCGAAAGACCAGCUGGAGGAAAUCAAGGCCGAGGAAAAGAAGAAAGCCGAUGAGCGCUAUCUCGCGGAAGUCAUUGAACAAAACCGACCGCGAAAACGCGUUGUCCCCACAGAGGAACGGGACAUUCGUGAAGAGCGGAAGGCUAAGAGACGAGCAAGAGCCCAGGUCAGCAUGGAUGGUAUUGGUGACGACUCCGAUUCAGCGCCCCAGUCUGAUCCGAAACGUCCUCUCGUUGAAAAAGAGUACCGUAAUCUGUUGAAAGCGUACUUGCGCUACUGCGACAUCGAUAAUCGGGAAGAUGACAUUAUCCGCGAAGCGCGUUUGCUUGACCGCGACAAAGAAACUGUUUUAUCAGCUCUUCGGGAGAUCACGGAGAAGGCGGCUACCCUUGUACGAGAGGAUGUUGAGCGAAUGGAGGCUCUUGAGAAUGCGGGCAAGAUGCCAACGAAGAAGGAAAAGAAGGCCGUUCUCUUCGACCACAAUGGUGUGAAGCGUCUAAAUGCCUACACCAUUGUUGAACGACCCAAUGAGAUGCGCAUUCUUAAAGAGACAGUCACCUCGGUCACGGACCCUAAAAGCUUCCGUGUACCAGAAGCCACCAAGGCAGCUGAUUACACGUGUUCAUGGGGGGCACGGGAAGAUGGCAUGCUGUGCAUCGGCAUUGCACGACACGGCUAUGGCGCAUGGACGCAAAUCCGAGACGAUCCAGAUCUCGCUCUUGGCGAUAAAUUCUUCCUUGAAGAGCAUCGCGUUGAACGAAAGACAGAACGUAUGAAUGCCGAGGAUAAGUCUACCAAAUCUCCCGGAGCCGUGCAUCUUGUUCGGCGUGCGGAUUACCUCUUGUCUGUCUUGAGAGAUAAAGCCACCAAUGGCGCGAAUGUCAAUGUCAAGCGGGCCGUCGAAAACCACCAUCGAAACAACCGGAAAGGGUCUCGUAACAAUGCAAGCAUCAGUGUAUCGGCGUCACCGGCGCCUUCUAUCUCGCGCAAAGGCCACCGUGAAUUCGACCGGUCCAGGCACCGUUCCAAUACCCGUGGUAUCCGCGAUAGUUCUGAGCGCCAUAACACACCGAGCCAUGACUCCCGACCCAGGUCGGUGCAUGAUAGCGAUCGUCCCCGUCAUAGGACAUCUGAUGUUUCGAGUGAGGAUGUGCGCCGCCGCAAAAACAGCGAGAACGGGCACUCGACCGCGAAGGAAGACGUUGCUCGCUUGUUCUUCAGACCUAUCCGCGAUGACUUGAAACGCGUCUCAGGGGUCACGAAGGAGAAUUUCGCCAACAAGACUGAGCGUGCCCUUGAGCUUCGGAGUCUGCUCCAAAAGAUUGGCGAUUUUAUAGACCGCAACUUGCAAGGGGACAGCUCCAUUUCUUCCCUUGAUACUCGUCUAUGGUAUGUUUAUUCUGGAUAAAUUCGGCAUAUUGUUCCGGACUUAACCACUGACAUUCGAAUCAGGCAUUUCGUUGCUGUCAAUUAUUGGCCUAAUAAGGAGGCAGGAGGAAACAAACUUCAAGAAAUGUAUCAAAAACUCAGGGCUGUUAAAAAGGAACCGACCGCAGCCAAGCCCACGUCAAAUGGGAACUAGACUCGGGCGUGUCCAACGUGCAGCAAAAGCGUCUUGUGGAUUUCUGCUUGCUUCUACGGAGUCUUUUUUUGAUUUUCGAGGUACAUAUGCAUCAUUGGGAAAGCAUGGCGACGGCGUCCGGUAUGAUCUACGAAGGAGUGUUGAGCAUGAGUGGAUUUGUUAUGAUUUAUUUUCUUUAUUCUCUGCAUGACUUUGGUCUUUCCAUCUAACUAUCUUACAUACAGCAUUGUCCCCCCCGAUUGGCGCGUUGGGCUUUGCAUCAUGUUUUUGACUCGUGUUUUUCUAGCGAUAUGGUCCCCCCAUACUUGCCGUGGGCGCGAUGGAUCUCGCUCCUGUUAUUUUCUUCUCUUCUCUCUUUCUUCAUGUGGUUGACCAAACAUCCCGACACUGGGACGCCCUUCAUUGGCGCUGGCCCUGUGGGUGGAUGUUUCCCACAUUGUUUUAUUCAUGUAACUUACCGACUUACUGGAAAGGUCUGUGGGCUCCUGGUUGAUUUCCACCGUUUGGGGUUCAGGCAUUUUGUGUUGGGACACUGUUGUGUCUUAUAUGUGGCACUUUCCUAGACUUCUGUUCGAUGUUUGAUGUUCGAUCCUUUUUGCAAAAUUUCCCAAUGGACGGACUGGAAUUCCCUGUGCAUUAUAUUAUACUAUGUUAUAUCAUUUUACACCGGCAGUGUUUGUCUGCUUGAUCCUGUGUUCAUAGUCGGGUAACCCUAUCGGGUUAAUGAAAAGUAUCCAAGGAUCUUCACACUAAGGACAGAAUGAUAUGAUUAAUCUACAUGAUCAUAUGGAAAGGAGAAAGUAAACUGUUACCAGCGAAAUAAUUCGAAUUAUUUUUGAAGACGCUUCAGUAGGAAAGAAUCAAGAUAGAAUACACAUCAGCAGAUACAGAUAAUAUAACUCUCGUAGGCCUAAGAAAAGAUGAAGAAAAGGAAAGGAAGGGGAAAAGAGAGGACGGAAGUGUGCUCUGGAGGCUGAAACCGAAGGAGGGAGGAAGGACAAGACCAAGGGGAGAUUAGACGUAGUAAGGUAGAUUCGGAGGUGUCGGAGAGUAGAUGGAGUAAAAGUAUAUGGGUAUAGGGUUUGUCUUGCUUUGAUAGCACUUUAGAGAGGUAAACAAGGAAUAUAGAAGUGUUGAAGGUGGGUGUAACAAGGCGGACGGUAAUGGAGGGGACAAGAGGAUAUAGCAAAGAUGGAUGAAGAAAGAAAGAGGACGGAGGGCAAAGCCUCACGAAGGAACAGAGCCCGCGUCUACAUUAUUAGACGGUGCCUCCUUCUCCGCGGCAUCUGACGGGUUAUGGACCUUUUCGGCACCAUUUGUGACAACGGAUGCGACAGGUCCAGUAUCGCUGCCCACCAGGGCCGUGAACAAUCGAAGCUGAGCAUCGAUGACAUCGUCAAAGACGGCAUCUUUCUCCAACCAAGCCUGCUUCCGCUUUGGUUUGAUCUUCUCCCACUCGGCCCGUAUCUUGACGCCUUCUUUCUCGGCCCAGUGGAUCUGUCGCCGCAGAACGCGAUACAGUUGCGUCGGGGGCAGCGCGAGCUCGUGUUCGUCGAAGCCCAGGUCCGGGUUCAACUCGGGAUCCUCGAGCUCAUCGAGGUCUGUGUUUGCCGUCUCGUCGGCGGCGCUUUCGCUGUACCGGUCUGGGUCUUCCUUCGGGGGUUGCGAUAGCUUGAGUUUGAUGCGUUGGAGCUUGCUGGCUGGCGUUCCGGCAGGGGUGCCGGCCGCGGACGCGGGGACGUUGUGAUGCUUGGGGACCGGGUCGGACGGGCGGAGGGCCUCGGUCUCAUGGACGGUUCUCAUGUGUUUGGCGAGGGCGUCGGAUCGGGUGAAGCUGCGAUCACAUUCUGCGAUGAAGAUUGGACAGGUUAGUUGCGCCAUUUCUUUGAUCGAGAGGGGACGAAUGAUUCUAAAGUGAGAUAAUUUCUUUGUUGGGAUGAAGGGAAUGAAAAGGAAGAAGGGGGGUAAACGGGAAAGCAAGACAAAAAGUCAUGUGUGUUUGACUCACCUGGUAGCGCACAAUAGAACGGUUUCUCUCUGGUGUGGCUUCUCAUGUGGGCGCGCAGUGCGUAGCCGCUGGCGUGCGUUUGACCCUUUCGAGUGCAAUCGGACCAUUCACAGGAGUACUUCUUUUGUCGGCUGCCGACAUGGUCGUUGUGGAUGUGCUGGACGAGAUCGUCCAUAUUCCCUAGAUCUCCGACAUCGCAUCCAUCCCAGCGACACACGGUGACCUGGUCGUUACCUUGGCCGCUAUAGUCGUCAUCCUGGCUGCCGCCGAUGAGGGCCCAGGUGCCGGGAGAGUUGGGGAUGUCGCCCGAGGUGUCGGACGAGAUGGUGCUCGAGGGAGACGGCGGCGGCAUGUCAUCCUGGAAGGUCGUUGAGACGGGGGUGUUGCGAUCCCAGGUCGCGACGCCGGUGCGACGACGUUUGGAGGGAGGUAAGUUGGACGCCGAGGGCGAGAAGGGCUGCUUUUCAGUCUCGCGGUCCGACAUGUCGUCGGAAACGAUGGAGGAGAGGGGAGAGCCCGGAGAUUCAGCCAUUGGGGGUGAUCGGAAGUGGUAGAGCUUUAGGGAGUCGGUCGAGAGGAACGAGGGAGUGAAACGGGAGGCAGCACGCCAAGGGUGAAGGGGCGACGAGGCAUCU